AUGCCAACCCCGGAGGCAGAUGAACAAAUACCUACAGAGUACAGUAAUGCUGCUGCCUCUGACGCCUCGGAAUCGGUCGAGUGCCCCGUAUGCAAUCGAAAUAUUGAAAACUUGGAACAGUUGAAUAUGCAUCUGGAUGUUGAACACAAUUUUAAAGAUGAACGAUCGCUAUCCACAGACAGCGGUUCCGUGAACAUUGCAAGUACUACACCAACUUCGGUGGGUCUGGCGUCCAGUCGGGAGACAUCCGGCAGAAACAGGUCACAUUACAAACCUCUUGUGCCAGGGAAGUCACAAUGCUCGAGAUGCGGGCGAAAGCUCACACCGAGGACAGGAAUCCAGAACUGCCGGAGGUGUGGGGACUUGUUCUGCGACAUACAUUGCCGUUUACCCGUGCGGCUAGACCUACAAGGGGAAUAUGAUCCGAGAAACGGCGACUGGUGCAAGUGCUGCCAUGCCUGCAUGGCGGGGCGCCCUGGAUACAACAAACUGGGCUUAUCGGUGGACCGGACCGACGAGUUUAUACGCCAUCGUACCUCUAAAAACGAGGAUAAACAGCUUCGCAUUCUGCAGCUUGAGAAUCGGCUUGUGCGUCUUGUUGACGGCAUCGCUACUAUUGUUCGCGCGCACAACCAGUCUUUGUUUUAUGGAAGUGGAAUGUAUAGGGAAAUCACUGCUCUACAGAAGUCCGUUACGCCAUGGAAAGAAAAUUCACAGGCAUCAAGCUGCUAUCUCUGUUCUCGGCCGUUCAAUCUUCUUCUUCGCAAGCACCAUUGCAAGUUGUGUGGUCUGAUAGUCUGCGAAAACAACUUUACCAACUGUUCCAAGGAGUUCCCGAUCGCGCAGCUGGUGAGUGCUGCCACAGACCUACCAUUCAGGAGCAAUCCCCAGGAAUUAGCCGCAUUGCCGGUUCGACUACGCGUCUGCGUGGUUUGCAUAAGAUCCGUGUUUCUGCGCGCAAGGUUGCAGGACAAUCUCGCAAACGAUGCUUCUCAGCUAUUUUCCAAGUACACUGAGUUGCAGCGUGUAUCAAGAGCCAUCUUGCGUAUAAUGCCUCGUUUCGAGCAACUGCUCGGGGACCUCAACGCACCCGACGCGAGCCCGAAUCGAAGCGAGCUAGACGAGCUGGCGCACCUGCGAAGGAAACUCUUGGAGACUUUCAAGCUGUACGACACCAUAGCCAAGCAGAUAUUUGCCAUCGACCCGGCCAAUACCGCAGAAUUGAAGAUCCAGCAGGCUAUAAAGGCCAAAUCGAUGUCCUUCAUACAGGAUAAAAUGCUACCGCUAAAGAAUAUCCCCGGCCUGCUGAAGCCGAAGGAUGCCGAACCUGAGAUCAAUUACACUACUAGCAAUCUACUUUUCAACAAUCUGACUGUCCGCGAGGUUAAACUCUACCGUGAACAGCUGAUGGUACUCAAAGAGCAGAGGUUUAUAGUGGAGGGCAUGCUCGAGAACGCCAAGAAACAGCGGCGUUUUGAAGAGGUUAAUACGUUAAAGGAAAAUACCAAAGAGCUAGACAAUCAGAUAGCCCAGCUCGAAGAAACCCUAGGCGACCAGGGUUUUGUUUAG